AAAGAGGGCGUGGUCACGCCAGAAAGUAAAACACCAGAAGUUUAUUUUUUAAACACCGCUAAGUGGUGAGGAUGUCUCGUGGCAGCGACGCAACUCCACGUCGGAAGAAAAGUAGGCGUAACCAUUAGUAGGAUCAACUUGAUUGACAGGCCUAGCUCUCCCCGAAUAGGAGAAUCUCAUUCUGGUUGAUUCUAAUUGGCGGAACAUUACACUAUACGUGGCGGCGGGUGUUAACUUAAACGUUCUCCUGAAUAAUAAUGUCAGGAAGGUGUAAGCCGUAAAGCUGCUGUAUGGCGUUCACAUUUACUCUAUUUUAGCGGAACUAUGGCUAAUUUAAAAGUUUGUCGCCAGUUUCAAGGAGUAACCUCUCGUGCAUAGUUAAAUCAUGCUGCUCUCGUUUGGUAAAUAAGCAGCCAUCUUGGCUUCUGGCUUCUUGGCUUCUCUACCCAUAAUGCCUCAUAAAUGUGUAUUUUAUGGCUGCAAUGUUGGAUAUUUAGCACCUAGAAGAUCUUAAAACAGACAUAAAUGUGUAUUUAUAUCCCAUUUGGAGCACUUUCUACAAUUUUUUUGAGUGUGUUCAUGAUUUGUGAGGUCAGAGUGAAUCUAAUAUGAUCUGGACAUUGUUAUGGUAGUUAUAGUCCCACAAUGCAGUCUGCAUCAGCAAAAAACCCUCAACUAGCUGAGUUGCAAAGCUGGAACCGAGUAUUUACGGCUACGUUGCAGCACAUAAUUUUUAUUAAUUAAGCUAUUAGUGAGCGACUGAUGGAGUGAGGACAUGCUGGGACACUCAUAAAUCCAAGUGGGUUAUGUGGUAUAUACACCCACUGUUAUAACAGUGGGUGUAUACCCACAGCAGAUUGUUUUGACUCACACAAGGCAUCCGAAGCCAAGGAUUCGCGACAGCAUGGACACAAAGAGCCUGGAGGAGCGUUGUAACAGGAUCCUGAGAAACAUGGAGGCCUCUCUCACAGCCCGGGACCGUGUCGGGAUCCAGGAUUUUGUUCUCUUGGACAACUACACCAGUGAGACCGCCUUCCUAGACAACCUGAGAAAACGCUUCCAUGAGAAUCUGGUUUAUACCUACAUAGGCACUCUACUGGUGUCAGUCAACCCGUAUAAGGAGUUGGACAUCUACAGCAAGAAGCAGAUGGAUACCUACAUGGGCGUCAACUUCUUUGAGCUUCCACCUCACAUCUACGCGCUAGCAGACAAUGUGUUUCGCACCAUGCUGUCCGAGUUCAACGACCACUUCAUCCUGAUCUCGGGCGAGAGCGGCGCAGGCAAGACCGAGGCCUCCAAGAAGAUUCUACACUUUUAUGCAGUCAGCUGUCCAAGUACCAAAGUCUUGAAUAACGUCAGAGACAGGCUGCUGGUUUCCAACCCCGUGCUUGAGGCUUUCGGAAAUGCCAAAACCCUAAAGAAUGACAACUCCAGUCGCUUUGGGAAGUAUAUGGACAUCCAGUUUGACCACCAGGGAGGGGCAGUCGGGGGUCACAUCCUCAGCUACCUGCUGGAGAAGUCACGUGUAGUCCAUCAGAACCACGGUGAGCGGAACUUCCACAUCUUCUACCAGCUGGUGGAGGGCGGAGAGGAAGAUCUGCUCCGUUGGCUGGGCCUGGAGAGGAACUGUCGUAAUUACAGCUACCUGGUUCAAGGUAAUUGUGCCAAAGUGAGCUCCAUUAACGAUAAAAGCGACUGGAAGACGGUGCGGAGAGCCCUUUCUGUCAUAGGCUUCAGUGAGAGUGACACUGAGCACCUGUUUGGAAUCAUUGCCAGCGUGCUCCACUUGGGUAACGUCAGUUUUGAGGCAGAUGCUCGAGGUUAUGCCAGUCUCAACAACAACCUGGAAAUGCACUGGGUGUCAAAAUUACUUGGGAUCCCCGCUCAGGUGCUACAACAGGGCUUAACCCACCGCAAGAUCGAAGCCAAAAAAGAGGAGGUGUUCAGCCCCUUCUCUGUGGACCAUGCUAUUUACGCCAGGGACGCCCUUGCCAAAGCCAUCUAUGGUCGUACUUUCAACUGGCUCGUCAACAAGAUCAAUGAAUCAUUGGCAAACAUGGAUUCCUCCAGAAAGACAGUGAUUGGUCUUUUAGACAUCUAUGGAUUUGAGGUUUUCAAUGUGAACAGCUUUGAGCAGUUUUGCAUCAACUACUGCAACGAGAAGCUGCAGCAACUUUUUAUCCAGCUGACCCUGAAGUCAGAGCAGGAGGAGUACGAGAUGGAAGGCAUCGAGUGGGAGGCAGUGCCAUAUUUCAACAAUAAGAUCAUCUGUGACCUUGUGGAGGAGAAACACAGAGGGAUCAUCUCAUUAUUGGAUGAGGAAUGUUUACGUCCCGGAGAGGCCACUGAUCUCACUCUGCUGGACAAGAUGGAGGAAAAGAUUGGCGGUCAUCCUCAUUUUGUCACACACAAACUUGCCGACCAAAAGACAAGGAAAACACUAGAGAGAGGAGACUUCCGCCUGCUGCACUACGCUGGAGAGGUUACAUACUGUGUAGUAGGCUUUCUGGACAAAAACAACGACCUUUUGUAUCGAAAUGGAAAAGAGGUUAUGCAACAGUCCAAAAAUGUGAUCAUCAAACAUUGUUUUCCUCCUACUGAGCCGGACCGAAAGAAGAGACCUGAAACCGUGGUGACCCAGUUCAAGAGCAGCCUGGUGGGCCUGACUGAGAUCCUAAUGACCAAGGAGCCUUGGUACAUCCGCUGCAUCAAGCCCAAUGAAGCCAAACAGCCAGGAUGCUUUGAUGAUGUGCUGGUGCGACAUCAGGUGAAGUACCUGGGCCUGAUGGAGCACCUGAGGGUGCGGCGUGCGGGGUUUGCAUACCGCCGAAAAUAUAACAUCUUCCUCCAGAGGUACAAGGCCCUAUGUCCGGACACCUGGCCCAACUGGAAAGGUACCGCUGCAGAAGGUGUGCAGUGCCUAAUCAAGCAUCUGGGCUAUAAACCUGAUGAGUACAAGAUGGGCAGGACCAAGAUUUUCAUCCGCCACCCAAGAACUCUGUUUGCAACUGAAGACGCCUUUCAAGUAUGCAAAAAUCAGCUAGCAACACGAAUUCAGGCCAAGUACAAAGGCUAUCGAGUAAAAGGCGACUACCAGAAGCAGAAAGAGGCUGCCACAAAGAUAGAGAACUGCUUUAGAGGCAUGAUGGCGAGAAAGGAGCGAGAAAAACGUGAAUGGGCUGUCAGGAUCAUCAAGAGAUUCAUUAAAGGUUUCAUGACCAGAAAUGAGCCUGUCAGCGUAGACAACAGAGAGUACCUGGCAUAUGUGAGGCAAAACUACUUGACUCGGCUCAAGGAGAACCUCCCAAAGACUGUCCUAGAGAGGGACUCUUGGCCCACCCCUCCGCCUGUAAUGCAAGAGGCGUCCCAGCUCUUGAAGAAGCUCUACAUUCGCCACAUGAUCCGUAAGUACGUCCAAGGAAUGACCAAGGAGAGGAAAGCACAGCUUCAGUUAAAAGUUCACACCAGCUCCAUGUUCAAAGACAAAAAGGAAAACUACCCCUUCAGCGUGUGCAGACCCUUCCUGGACACCAGGAUAGGCGUUGAGGACAUAAGCAUGAAAGUGAUGCAAGUGAUUCGUCAUGAGCAUGUCAAGUACGGCGUCAGCGUGGUCAAAUACGACAGGAACGGCUUCAGGCCUCGUCCGCGACAGCUCGUCUUCACUCAAGAGGCUGCCUACCUGGUGGAAGAGGCCAAGAUCAAGCAGAGGAUUGAUUACAGCUCGCUGAAAGGUGUUUCGGUCAGCAACCUGAGUGACAGCUUCCUGAUUCUCCAUGUUACAUGUGAUGACAUCAAGCAGAAGGGGGAUCUUGUUCUGCAGUGUGACUUCCUGUUUGAGGCCCUCACCAAGCUGUCUGUCCUUACGAGAAAGCAGAACCUCAUCCAGGUGGUCCAGGGCAGUGUGCGAUUCGACAUCCAGCCUGGCCGAGAAGGCUUUGUGGACUUCAGGAGCGGCCAUGAGUCGGUGGUCUACAGGGCCAAAAAUGGCCAUUUGACAGUGGAAUCAACAAGGACCAAGUCCAGAUGAUUUGUCCACCACCCCUCGUUCUGCGUACUUUAGGAACAGCCAGUCUAUGCUGUUAUUGCCAAUAUUUCAGUAAUGGGGCAACCAGUAGAUACAGUAGAUGUCAGUGUAGGAUGCAA